AUGUAAUCUUUGACAUACUCAUUUCGAAUACUUCAAAUGCUAUUUUAGUGGAGUGUGCGCAUAAGUUUUGUUUUCGCUUAAAUAAAUAUCGGGAUGAAACGAUUGUAAGAUACAUGAUUUUAAAACAUUUCAUAACGGUAUGUCACUAGGCAGUAGACGUACCAAGUGGCGAGUAUAAAUAACGAUUCUGUCGAACGAUACUAGACAACCUCAAAAUGUACUGCACGAUAAGAAGAUGUUUUUAUAGAAAAGAGGCGGUGCGAGCUUUGAGUACCGGGGAAGUUUCGACGGCGCUUCGACCUUUCUACUUUACCGUUCAUCCUGAUCUUUUUGGACAAUUUCCAACCCAGAGGACCGUUAACGAAAAUUCCUUGAAACAACUAAGUUUAAUACUGGAAACGUUACAACAGCAGAGACCCAUAAGGCCCACGACCUUACCGUUCUAUUUGCGCUCUAAGGAUGAAAAAGACUUAAAAGCAGGAAAAUUUACUUUAGUGAAAAUUCAAUUGAAAGAAAGAGAUUUAAGGAAAACGAUCCUCUCUAUCUUGAAGACGUGCAACCUACCUACCACGUUCGUAGAUAAGAUCGAAGAUCAGAACUCGAUGAAAUCCGCAUCGACGUUUCGAUCGCGUUAUGCCAACUUCGGAGACAUCGAUUUUUCCGAACUCGAAAAGGAUCCAAUUUAUGCCUCCGUUAUUAUGAAGCGAAAAAUUAAAACGGAACCGGAUACGUUCAAAGCAUAUCUAGACAAACACGUGACCGAAGCUCACAUAAAAUUGGAAGCGUGUCGACCCAUUCGCGAAGAGGUUAGAAAAUUAGAAGAAGAACUCCGUUCUAGUCUGCGACUCAAAAAUAUUAUAUGGGAUUGUGGGUGGAACAUUACUCACUACAGAGGAUGUUUGCUAGCUUUCCAAGCUUUGGCGAAACACCACCCCCAACAAAUGGAAGUUCUUAAAGAACGAACGUUGGUUUUUGCCAACGAUACCGGUAUAAGUCUCAAAGGAGACGUUAUGCUUAAUUCCGGCGAAGUUCGACAUAAUUGGCUGGAUCUCAUAAAGAACGUAAGGAAGUACGAUGUAGUACUGCUAAAAUUACCAGCUUUUGAGAAAGCCGUUUCAACGGUGCUGCUGAAUAUUAAAAUUGGCCGACGAGUUUUCUAUAUGUGCAGGAAAUUUAUGCCCAAAAUCAUGGUUGGUCAGUACGAACAGCAACUUCGACAAAUUAUCACGACAUUGUUGGAUUAUCGUGAAAGGAAAAGCUUUCCGGCUAUCUGGCCGACUAGCCUUUCGUCCUAUGAGAUCGUUAUAGAAACGGAAGCGGGUCCUUUGAUGUUGUCACCUACUGGCCAGUUUAUCGUUCCAUCGUCGUGUCCUGGAUUUUUGCUCGUUACUUUCAUUACAGAGAAUUUGGAUGAAGCUACGAAAAGAUUAAAUCACUACAACAAUGUUAAGCACGUGGAGAGACAACUUCACGAUGCAGUGGUCACAGACCUGAAUCUCGCUGCAUUGAAUAAGGAUGACAGUAUAACGCCGGAUUUGAUGAUUCAGUGUUGCGAACGGUUACUUAAACACAAAGUCGUAUUGGCUCCCAUGUUGGACGGAGUGAGACUUUGGGUGACGCAUUACUAUUCCGUAAUGACUGAUGGCGUGUUGUGCGUGCCAUGGGAUUGGAAACUGUAAAUAAAUGAAGCACGAAGACGCACGAUCCAAAUCUUCUCUAGUAUCGACUCCAAAUAAUAUUGUACACUUUGGAGUAGAAUGCCUGUACAGUGUUUAACCAAUUAAUUAAUUUAUUAGUACAAAUUUUCCUUGAAUGAAGCAUAUUGUUAACGGUUUCCACGAAAUGUGCCCUCUGUUAUCGAAACGUUUAAAAUGACAAAGAAACUGUCAUUCGAGGAAGUCAAGUAGUCACAAGACAUACUGUAAACUCUGAACGCGAUUACUAAUGCAGAUUAUACUUUUACAAAGCUCUGCUAUAUUUAGUUGCAAUUCUAGUCCAUUUUGCUUGUGGUUACAUUGCUUACUUACUCCAUAAAUCAACGAUUUACACGUUCAGAUUACUGCUUGUUUUUAGGAAAAAUUUGGAAGAGAUAACUUUACUGUAGAUACUAUUAUUGACACAUGGAGAGGACAUACAUGGAGUCAGCGCGAAGUAUAAAUACUUUUAUAUUUAAACUUUCGUUGUUGACCACAUCGUCUAACACAGAAUACGAUAAAUUGACAAUUAAUGCCCUGCAUUGCAAAAGAUAAUAAUAAAAUUCCUCGUUGUUAAACAUAAAUAAGAAAAA